AUGAUUCAGAAUCUAUCCUCUAGGACCUUGACCACAUCGGAGAUCAAAGUCCUACAACGCGGCCUUAAUUUUGUCCCCACCAAUCAGUUUGAUGGUCUUAAAAGCCGCAUAGACCUCACACGUUUGAAUAGGCAAUUGCGCCUUAAGGAACAUUUCGGAAAAGCACCUACACCAAAUGAGGCUGACCGAAGGUGCCCUAUACGCCCAAAAUCAUAUUUUGACCCAAUAUCUACCAAUGCCACCAUUAAGGUCUUUACUAAGACUUUACUGGGAGACAUUGAACUACUGGAAAAGAAUCCCCCCAAAGCUCGUUAUAACCUCUCUAGAGAGGAAUCUAAUGCCCUUAAAGAUCUGGCUACAUAUACAGAUAUCACAAUCCGCCCUGCCGAUAAGGGGGGCGGUAUUGUGAUACAAGAUUUAAGUGAUUACAAGCUAGAGGCUUAUCGGCACCUCGACGACCCUUUGGUCUAUACUAAACUUAACAAAGAUCCUACUGAAAUAUAUCUCCAGCAGCUUCAGGAUUUGUUGACAACUGCACAUGACAACGGCAUUAUUGAUUCAGACACCAAGAGGGCCCUACUUAAUACUACAUCUAUUGUCCCAUUGUUCAAUCUCAUUCCUAAACUGCAUAAAAAUAGGCUUAAUCCCCCUGGAUGUCCGAUCAUUUUGGCACGCAAUUCCCUGCUGCACAAUGUAUCUCAAUACAUUGAUUUUUAUAUGCAGCCAGUCGUGCAGAAUCAGGCCCAUUACCUCAAGGACACCAGCAUGUUCCUGGAAAAACUCAGGAACCUAGAACAGCACCUGUUCUUUGAUCUAGAUGAGUAUAGGAGCAAGAUAGCCUUCUAUACUCGCUACAUCGACGAUAUCUUUAUGAUAUGGACGGGAUCUAAACAAGAAUUUAUUUCCAUGAAGGAGGAAGUAAAUAUACGGGACGUAAACAUCAAAUUUACAUUUGAGAUCCAGGAACAUAAUAUACAUUUCCUCGACGUUAAUAUUACUGAAACCUGGAUUACACCCUAUGACACCGCUUCUCCUGCUUCUCUCUCGGCUGGGGGCCUUACAUUCUCACACACACCCCGACCUGGGGGUCGUCAUGGGGGUGGUGUUGGGAUCCUUUUACCCUCAAGCUACACAUACCAACUUAUACCUCCAGAACCAUCUCUUACAUUCUCUACAUUUGAGGUCCAUGCAAUUCGCCUCUACCAACCCACUAAUCUUCGAGUUGCUGUCAUUUACCGUCCACCUGGCAUUUCCUCUAAAUUCCUCGACAACUUUGCUUCCUGGCUACCUCACUUCCUCUCUUCUGACAUUCCCACCAUUAUCCUAGGUGAUUUCAACAUCCCUAUCGAUAACCCCACAAAACCACCUGCCUCUAAACUCCUUAACCUCACCUCUUCACUUGGUCUCUCCCAGUGGACCUCCUCACCCUCCCAUGUGAACGGGAGCUCACUGGAUCUGGUUUUCACUCACCGCUGUGUUAUUUCUGAUUUCUCCAAUUCCCCUUUUCCCCUCUCUCGACACUGGAGGAAAUCACGCUCUCAAGCAGACUUCCUCCAUUUCAAAUUCAUGCUCUCAUCCUUCAGUGCUGCCCUUUCCCUUGCUAAACAAUCAUAUUUCAAAAUCCUCAUCUCUACCCACUCUUCCAACCCCCGGCGCCUCUUUGCCACUGUUAACUCCCUCCUCUGCCCACCACCACCUCCUCUCCCUUCCUCAUUGUCUGCUCUUGACUUUGCCACUUACUUCACAUCCAAGAUUGACUCCAUACGUCAGGACAUCACAUCCCACCAGUCCAGCAACCAGCCACCACCCAUCCUUUGCCACCCCUCCCCUACCCUCUUACCAACUCUGACAUCUUUCUCCCUAGUAUCUGGUGAGGAAGUCAUGGCCCUCAUACACUCCUCCCCCCGCACAACCUCCCCACUCGACCCUAUCCCCUCCCACCUCCUUCGCUACCUCUCCCCUUCUGCCUGUUCCCAUCUUGCCCACCUUCUCAAUCUCUCCCUCUCAUCAGGCACUGUCCCCUCUGCCUUCAAGCAUGCUCUUGUCUCCCCUAUUCUUAAAAAACCUACCCUUGAUCCUAACACUCUCUCCAACUAUCGACCGAUCUCUCUCCUCCCCUUUGCCUCCAAACUUCUUGAGCGUAUUGUCUAUAAUCGCCUUACUGCCUUUCUUUCCUCUCACUCACUGCUUGACCCAUACCAGUCUGGUUUCCGCUCUCUCCACUCCACUGAAACUGCCCUCACAAAAGUCUGCAAUGACCUCCAUGCCGCCAAAUCUAAGGGCCACUACUCUCUGCUUAUUCUUCUUGACCUCUCUGCUGCUUUUGACACUGUGGACCACCCUCUUCUGCAAAUCCUUCACUCUCUUGGUCUACGUGAUACUGCCCUCUCCUGGCUGUCCUCCUACCUCUCCGAUCGUUCCUUCUCUGUCUCCUCUCAUGAUGCUACCUCGCCCCCACUUCCACUAACUGUUGGUGUCCCCCAAGGUUCUGUUCUUGGGCCUCUCCUUUUCUCUCUCUAUACGUCCUCUUUAGGUGAACUCAUUAGUUCUUUUAAUUUCCAGUACCACCUCUAUGCUGAUGACACUCAAAUCUACCUCUCCUCCCCUGAUCUCUCCACGGCUCUCCUCACUCGUGCCUCUAACUGUCUUUCUGCUAUCUCUUCCUGGAUGUCCCAGCGCUUUCUUAAAUUCAACAUAUCUAAGACUGAGCUGAUCAUCUUCCCACCCUCUCGCACAACCUCACCUCCCACAAUCUCAUUAUCCAUUGAUGGCACGACUAUCUCCUCUAGCCCCCAAGUACGCUGUCUUGGUGUAAUCCUUGACUCCUCCCUCUCCUUCAAACCACACAUUCAGCACCUCUCACAAACCUGUCAUUUUCAUCUCAAAAACAUUUCCAGGAUCAGACCUUUUCUCACCCAGGAUGCCACUAAGAUCAUUAUUCACUCAUUGAUUAUUUCCAGACUGGACUACUGUAAUCUCCUCCUAACUGGCCUCCCUGACAAUUACCUCUCUCCACUCCAGUCUAUCCUCAAUGCUGCUGCUCGGCUCAUCUUCCUCACCAAACGCACUACAUCCACCUCCCCUCUCAUACUAGCCCUUCACUGGCUUCCCUUCCCCUUCAGAAUCCAAUUCAAACUUCUCACUCUCACUUACAAAGCUCUCACCCAAUCCUCUCCCAUUUACAUCUCUGACCUUAUCUCCCUUUACUCUCCCACCCGUCCUCUUCGCUCUGCUAAUGCACGCCGCCUCUCCUGUCCCCUGAUUAAUUCCUCCCACUCCUAUCUCCAAGAUUUUUCACGUGCUGCUCCCUUCCUUUGGAAUUCUUUACCUCUCCCCCUCAGACUCACCACCUCUCUACAAAACUUCAAACGGGCUCUCAAGACCCAUUUCUUUACCAAAAUGGCAAGUAAGUAA